UUUCACAUUCAUUUCGUUCCGUCGGCCUGUCAAAUGCCGAGGAAUCGCGUCGUAUUCUAUAAGUCAUUGCAGGAAUUAUUUUUAACUAAUACUUUUAUGUAUUUGCUCUAAUUCCGCCAAGCCAUUGCACAACUGGUUUCACAAAUUUAGUUGUAAACGUGAUUAUUUUUUUGUUAUUAUAAGGUUCGCGGCAUGGAAACGUGUGAAAAAGAAAAAGCAUGUAGCGACGACGCCGAGAGCUUACUCGGAGCACCCGAGGGGACAUUAGACCCGGUCUCGGAGGUAGUGGUGAAGGAAAGUCAAGAUGCUAUUCCUGACGCGACCGAUUCAGUAUUGGCACCCAAGGGCAAGAGCAAGUCGCCUUCGCCCGCACCAAAGGAGGAUGAUGAUGCUGUCGCCGCCCGCUCGAGAAGUCGCAGUCGCAGUGGCUCUAGGAGAAGUUCCCGCUCGCGAAGUGGAUCGCGGAGGUCACACUCGGCAGCCAGUUCCCGGCGAUCGCGCAGUCGGUCUAAGCAAUCUUUGAAUGAUUCCCGGCGCUCCCGCAGCGGCUCCGCCCGCUCUCGCAGUGGAUCCCGGCAUUCUGACGCACCUCAGGCUUCGCCCAGUGGCUCAAGGCGUUCGCGUAGUGGCUCUAGGCGUUCCCGUAGUGGCUCCAGGCAUUCCCACAGUGGCUCUAGGCGUUCGCGCAGUGGAUCCAGGCGUUCCCGCAGUGGAUCCAGGCGUUCCCGUAGUGGAUCAAGACGCUCCCGCAGCGGAUCUAAGCGGUCCCGAAGCAGAUCCGGCUCUAGACGCUCCAGUAGGUCCCGGAGCGGCUCUCAACGGUCUCGAAGUGGCUCGGGGUCUAGAAGAUCGCGCAGUGGAUCUGGAUCAAGGCGUUCUCGAAGUGGCUCCAGACGCUCCCGCAGUGGCUCGCGUCGCUCCCGUAGUGGCUCGCGACGUUCCCGUAGUGGAUCAGCACGCUCACAUAGUGGCUCUCGGCGGUCGCGUAGUGGUUCGAGGCGAUCGCGUAGUGGAUCAGGUUCCAGACGAUCAAGAAGCGGAUCAAGACGAUCUAGAAGUGGGUCGCGACGAUCCCGCAGCGGAUCUAGACGCUCCAGAAGCGGAUCCAGGCGCUCUAGAAGCGGAUCCAGGCGGUCUAGGAGCGGAUCCAGGCGGUCUAGGAGUGGUUCCAGGCGAUCUAGGAGCGGUUCUCGGCGGUCCCGCUCCCGCAGUCGAUCGAAAAGCGCUGGGUCUCGAAAGGGAACUCGAUCUCGAUCGGGUAGUGCCACAUCCAAGGAUGGUGCCAGACGUAAACGAUUAGUCAUAAGUGAUUCCGAAGAUGAAGCGCCAAAGGUAAUCAAGAAGCGCGUUAAAAUCACAGACACGGAUAACGAAGACGAAGAAGAUCAGAAUAAUGGCCUGGGCAAAGAAAAAUCACAAGAUAAAAUAACAGAGAGUUCUGACGAUGAAAACACCCCAAUUUCAAAUGAACCAGAAAACAGUAACUUUAUUUCGGACUUCGAUGCAAUGCUUUUGAGAAAGAAGGAAGAGAAGCGAGUGCGACGUCGCAAGCGAGAUAUCGAUCUGAUCAACGAUAACGAUGAUCUGAUUGAUCAGCUUAUCAUAAGUAUGAAGAACGCCUCCGAUGACGACCGACAGCUGAACAUGAUGGGACAGCCGGCAACGAAGAAAAUUUCAAUGCUGAAGCAAGUGAUGUCACAGCUCAUUAAAAAGCACUUGCAGCUCGCCUUCUUGGAGCACAACAUACUUAAUGUACUUACAGAUUGGCUAGCUCCCCUGCCCAACAAAAGCCUGCCAUGUCUUCAGAUACGCGAGAGUAUUCUUCGACUUUUGUCAGAUUUUCCAACUAUUGAAAAGGGACUUCUGAAGCAGUCGGGCAUUGGUAAGGCUGUAAUGUACUUGUACAAACAUCCCCAGGAGACAAAGACGAAUCGCGACCGAGCAGGUCGUCUAAUUUCCGAGUGGGCCCGCCCGAUAUUUAACCUGAGCUGUAACUUCUCGGCGAUGAGCAAAGAGGAGCGUCAGGAACGUGAUUUGGCGCAGAUGUCGCGCAAUCGCCACAAAAGUCCGGAUCCACAACCAUCCUCCACCAGCAAGUCCCGCUCAUUGAAUCAGACCUUCUCCAGUGAAGACAAGCUUCUUCGCCCUGGAGAUCCCGGUUGGGUGGCCCGCGCUCGUGUUCCCAUGCCCUCCAACAAGGACUACGUCAUCCGCCCUAAAUCAACCGUAGAGGGCGAAAUCUCCACGUCAACAAAGCGAAAGCCGAACCGCUACGAAAAGCAUAUGAAACGAUUUCUGGACUCAAAGCGGUUGAAGGAAAGUCGCAGGGCAGUCGAAAUAUCUAUAGAGGGCCGCAAGAUGGCACUGUAAGCAGCAUUCUAGCUAACUUUAAAUAAAAUAAAAUCGAAACCAUAGAACAAAAUUUAAAAAUAUAUUUUUUGAAUAUAAUAACA